GAGCAGUGUCCCAGUGGAGGGCAGGCCUGCACAGGAAAAGCUUUCCUCAACAGCAGGAAGGAGGGAUUUCAUACAUCGCCCUUGUGUGUUUUAUCAGAUUGUUAUCUAAAAGUAGAUAGAGGAUUAUCUGGCUAUACAUCAGUGAGCGGAAGUCCUGUCAUAGCUAGGCGUAAACCUGCCCGGAGUCAACAGCGGAAAAAAAAAUGGAGUGUCGAUGCGAAAAUGACCAUCCUGAGGAUGCAGGAUGGCUGGGUGGAAACAGUGUCCAGAUGGGAACUUUUACUGUUGUUGGAUAUCUUCUCUACAGGUUUUCACAGACUCUCCCAGCUCUCAUCCGGUGGCCCAUACGUCUGUUCUGCUCUCUUACUGGUCUGUCGGCCCUUUGGGGCUGGGUGAGCCGCCUCGUGGGAACCCUUCGUGUGAUCAAGAGCUUGUGUAAAUGGCUGUCUCAAGUUUGGAAGUUCUUAGUAGCAUGCUCCGCAAAGUUUAAGUGGCUGGGAGACAUCAUUAGAAAAAUCACAGGUACAUCAAAUGAUGAGGCACUGGAGUCAGAAACCGAUCCAAAUAACCCACCAGGCCUGAGGCUGAUCCUCCUUGGACCCACCAAUGAAGGACGGUUCAUUCUGUCAAAUACUUUGUUGGGGAUCAGUGAGAUAAAGGAACCCAUGGGUCCUCUGAUGGAGAGCACAAGGAGAAAGACUAUUUUAAAUGUAAGGGAGGUUACAGUGAUCAACACCCCAGACAUUUUAGGGCCAUCUUUGGAGAGCCAGAAAAGAGCCAGGGAAGCUCUGAGGAGCCUCCAGCUCGCCACUCCUGGACCACACGCCUUCCUGCUGCUGAUCCAAGCUUCAGGCCCAAGCAUGGAGAUGACCCUGCAAGCAUCCAAGGCCAUCCAAGCCACUCGUGAACUGUUUGGAGACGAGGCCUUGGAGUUUAUCCUCCCAGUGCUCACCAAUGCAGACCAUCAGGGCCGAAAACGAGCAGUAGAAAAGCUGCUGGACGCAGACUCUGGGGGUCUAAAAAGGGCCCUGUCUCUUUGCAAACAGAGGCCAGAGCUGGUGAAUAUCAGGCCAGACUGCCCCCUGGAGGAGCAGGGUGUGACAUGCAGGCAGCUGCUGAGGCGUGUGAUGGAGAUGAAGACACUGAGAGGGCAUUUUGUGCAUGAGCUGCAGAGAAGAGAGGACCAGAGGAGGGAGGAGCUGCUGGCUGACAUGACCUCUGCUCUGGCGCAAAAACUAGGGUACAUGUAAACAAAGAGAUGGUGCUGGUUAUUUAUUCAAGUGUCGAACCUGCAACUUUGAGUUUGAGAUUUCAGUAGUGUUUCUCUCAUGAGUUAUUUUUGUCACUACUGCCACACUGCUGUCCAAAUGAGUUCACCAACACUGGAUGCCUUUUGGUUUAAAAUUAUCAGGGCUACUUUUGGGUUCAUGUGUAUGCUUAUUCACUCUUAUUUUCUUAUUCUGAUGUGUAAUAAUAUGUUGAUGACAGAUUACCCUUUAGUUUGAGCCUGUGCCUCAUGUUUCUUAUCCUGUUCCCUUGCUUAGCACUCCUCUAUCUUUCAUAAUUUAUAAGAGAUAUUAAACUUUAAAAAUGAUCAGGGAAAAUAAACUCAGGUCAUUUUGAGAGUAGAGUUCAGGAGAGCUGCUUGAUGUGUUCCAUGCAAUCUUCUGUUUUGUUUUUUUUA